AUGCUCACAUCCCCUCUCAACCCCUUAACUCCCCACCUCCACCCCCUUUCAACCCUUCAACUCCCCACCUCCACCCCCUCUCAACCCUUCAACUCCCCACCUCCACCCCCUUUCAACCCCUCAACUCCCCACCUCCACCCCCUCUCAACCCUUCAACUCCCCACCUCCACCCCCUUUCAACCCCUCAACUCCCCACCUCCAUCUCCAACUCCUCUCAACCCAUCAACUCCCCACCUCAACCCCCUCUCAACCCUUCAACUCCCCACCUCCAACCCCUCUCAACCCUUCAACUCCCCACCUCCACCCCCUCUCAAACCCUUAUCUCCCCACCUCCAUCUCCAACUCCUCUUAUCCCAUCAACUCCCCACCUCAACCCCCUCUCAACCCUUCAACUCCCCACCUCCACCCCCUCUCAAACCCUUAUCUCCCCACCUCCAUCUCCAACUCCUCUCAACCCUUCAACUCCCCACCUCCACCCCCUUUCAACCCCUCAACUCCCCAUCUCCAUCCCCUUUCAACCCCUCAACUCCCCAUCUCCACCCCCUCUCAACCCCUCAACUCCCCACCUCCGUCUCCAACUCCUCUCAACCCAUCAACUCCCCAUCUCCAGCCCCUCUCAACCAUUCAACUCCCAACCUCCAGCCCCUCUCAACCCUUCAACUCCCCACCUCCACCCCAUCUCAACCCAUCAACUCCCCACCUCCAUCCCCUCUCAACCCCCCAACUCCAUCUCCAACUCCUCUCAACCCAUCAACUCCCCACGUCAACCCCCUCUCAACCCAUCAACUCCCCACCUCCACCCCCUCUCAACCCUUCAACUCCCCACCUCCACCCCCUCUCAAACCCUCACCUCCACCCCCUCUCAACCCCUCACCUCCCCCUCUCCAUCUCAACCCCCUCUCAACCCUUAAACACCCCACCUCCAUCUCCAUCCCCUCUCAACCCCUCAACUCCCCACCUCCACCCCCUCUCAACCACUCACCUCCACCCCCUUCCAACCCCUCACCUCCCCACCUCCAUCUCAACCCCCUCUCAACCCAUCAACUUCCCACCUCCACCCCCUCUCAACCCCUCACCUCCACCCCCUCUCAACCCCUCACCUCCCCCUCUCCAUCUCAACCCCCUCUCAACCCAUCAACUUCCCACCUCCAUCUCCAUCCCCUCUCAACCCCUCACCUCCACCCCCUCUCAACCACUCACCUCCACCCCCUUCCAACCCCUCACCUCCCCACCUCCAUCUCAACCCCCUCUCAACCCAUCAACUUCCCACCUCCACCCCCUCUCAACCCCUCACCUCCACCCCCUCUCAACCCCUCACCUCCCCCUCUCCAUCUCAACCCCCUCUCAACCCAUCAACUUCCCACCUCCAUCUCCAUCCCCUCUCAACCCCUCACCUCCACCCCCUCUCAACCACUCACCUCCACCCCCUUCCAACCCCUCACCUCCCCACCUCCAUCUCAACCCCCUCUCAACCCAUCAACUUCCCACCUCCACCCCCUCUCAACCCCUCACCUCCACCCCCUCUCAACCCCUCACCUCCCCCUCUCCAUCUCAACCCCCUGUCAAACCCAUCAACUUCCCACCUCCACCUCCACCCCCUCUCAACCCCUCACCUCCAUACCCUCUCAACCCCUCACCUCCCCACCUCGUUCUCCAUCCCCUCUCAACCCCUCACCUCCCCACCUCGUUCUCCAUCCCCUCUCAACCCCUCACCUCCCCACCUCGUUCUCCAUCCCCUCUCAACCCCUCACCUCCCCACCUCCAUCUCCAUCCCCUCUCAACCCCUCAAAUCCCCAUCUCCACCUCCUCUCAACUCCUCAACUCCCCACCUCUACCUCCUAUAAUAAUAUCAUUAGCAUCAUCAAGGGGAGAAUGUGUCUUCAGUUCUUCAAUAUUCACAUGGGGAACUUCAUAUCAACGUGUUAA